UUCAAUCCGGAACCGGAUGCAAAUACGAAGCCUAACGUUUUGGGAAGUUUUUGCUGUCCGUAUGCUGUGAUUGUAUGACAUAUUGCAAACAAAAGUUUACAGUAAAUAAUGUAAUUAUUUGAAAACGGAAAGUCAAAGUUAAAUCGCCUGAAAAAGAUGUAUAUCAACCAAAGCAGCAGCAAGGUGUGAGUACUGGCAACCGCCAGCUAUGGCAACGCAGUUCAGUAUCGAUGACGCGUUUGUGCUGGAGGGAGAGGACGAAGGGGUGUCCGAUGGAGAGAAAGAAGGAUGGAAGGGCCGAGAGAAAGACAGAGAGGGGGGAGAGAUGACGUUCGGUACCCUGUCCUUUGCCAAACCCCAGACUCACCCGGCCUCUGCUGUGGUUGGCUCUCCCGACCACAGCAGCAGUCUGAAGUACCAGAAUCUGGAAAAUGAAGAAGUCUUAGGCAGCAAUGGCAAUUCCUCUUUCAAUAACUUAUUCAAAAUCAGUGAUCCUGCUACUCUGUCUUACUGCAGCUCCCAGUGGUCGUUCAGCACCUUGAGUUCUGUCACCCAGCUCUCUGCACAGUGCUGCGGAUGGACGUCUCAUCCUCUGGUGAAGAAGAACAGAAGAGUGGUCCUCGCUUCAUUCCUUCUCCUCGUCACUGGACUCGCUCUCAUUUUCACUGGUGUCGUAAUACAAUUGAAUCCGGAUGCAGGGGUCUCAAGUGCCAUUUUCUUCGUCCCUGGAUUUCUUCUUUUCAUUCCUGGGGUGUACCAUGUGAUUUACAUCAGCUGUGCGGUUCGGGGAAGAAGAGGCUUCAAGUUCUUCUACUUGCCCUAUUUUGAAAAAUGACCUAUUGCACUACACCUUUUUUUUGGUCUAAUUUCCAGAAUUACAUUUACAUUUAAGUCAUUUAGCAGACGCUCUUAUCCAGAGCGACUUACAAAUUGGUGAAUUCACCUUCUGACAUCCAGUGGAACAGCCACUUUACAAUAGUGCAUCUAAAUCAUUAAGGGGGGGUGAGAAGGAUUACUUAUCCUAUCCUAGGUAUUCCUUGAAGAGGUGGGGUUUCAGGUGUCUCCGGAAGGUGGAAUCAUACUUUUUUCAAUUAUGUAACAGAAAGAAAUUGUUCAAUAGAUGUUUUUUCUUAUUUUGUAAAUCCUUUUGACCCUGUCUUUAUACUGACCACUACUACGGACUCAACCACUUUGUGCCUCAAUAAGCUUCCUGCACAUUCUGUAUGGAAGAGAAGGGAGUCUGAUUUGCCCUGUUUGUCAUGUCUCAUGAGUAAAUAAUGACUGUGAAACUACAAUAAACGUUGUUUUUUUGUAUAUUA